AUGGGGUUCGAAGACUUGGAACCCAUUUUUGGCCAACCCAAGGCAGAGUGGUCAGCUCCAAACUCCACCCCACUGCGCCCAUUAUUGUUCCAUGUUCAUGCUCUGGACCCUUCUCGCCUCAGAGUCCUUGUCACUGAUUUUCAUUCUAACACUUACGAGGCCGUUCGCUCAGUUCAACACCUCGAGGACAUG